AUGAAUAGACAUUGGAUAGGAAAGAUUUUCAGAAUAAUGUCAGAUACACUUAAAAGAUCACCAUCACAAGAACUUUUACAAGUUUCCAAGAAGCCAAAACUUAUUUCUAUUGGAAUAAGUGAAGAAAAAGCAGGAAUCACCCAAUUUAUUAAUCCUAAUGUAGUUGGAUUUUCAGGAUCUUUGAAAACUUUACAUACUGAUUUUCAAGUUAAUGAAAUUGAAGCAAAUGGAAAUGUUGUUCAUUUAACUGAUAUGGGGAUUGAUGUUGGACCUACUAAGAAAGAAUUAAAAUUACAAGAAAGAGCUAAAUUUAGAGAAGAAAUUGCAGGAAAAACUGAAGAAGAAAUUGCAGAAAUAAAAGCUAAAAAAUUACAAGAAAAGGAAGAAAGAAAAGAAAAGGAAAGACAAGAACAAGAAGAAAAGAAAACAGCAGAAGAAGAACAAGAAGCGAAUGAAGAAUCAAAGAAGUUUGAUUUGGCUGAUGAAGAUCGUGAAGAGUUAUUAAAAUUUGUAACUCCAAAAGAAUUAUCUCAAAUUGAAGAUUUGUUUAAAAGUGGAGGAAAUAUGGAAACAGAAACCAAAUUUGAUGAUAAACAACAACGUACUGAUUUACACCAAUUGAUAAGAAAAGCAUUUGAAGGGAAAUUAGAAACUGUUACUUCUCCUGAAAAUACAUUCAGAAUUGCUAUUGGAACUAAACGUUCGAAUCGUAAACCACAAAGACAACAAGAUAGUAUGCAUCAUGUUGAUGAACAUGGGGUUUUGAAUUAUGGAUUAGGUCCUUAUAAACCAUACUUGCAUUUCACCGUAUAUAAGCAGAACCGUGAUACUAUGGAAGUUGCCAAUAACAUGGCUAAAUUAUUGAGAAUUAAUAACAAGUUCAUCACUUAUGCCGGUACUAAAGAUCGUCGUGGUGCAACCUGUCAAAAAUUUAGUAUCCAUAACGGUAAAGUAUUAAGAGUCAAUGCAUUGAAUAAGCUGAGAAAGUAUGGAUUCACUCUUGGAUCUUUUAGUUAUGAAGAUUAUCCAUUAAAAUUAGGAGACUCAAACGGAAAUGAGUUUACUAUUGUUAUAAGAGAUGCAAAAACUAUUGAUGGAAGUGAAGAUCUUGAGAGUACUGUCAGUUCAUGUUUUGAAAGUUUAAAAAAUAAUGGAUUUAUCAAUUAUUUUGGUAUGCAAAGAUUUGGAUCAUUUAGUGUUUCUACCCAUGAAUAUGGAAGAUUAGUAUUGAGUCAAAAAUGGGAAGAAUUUGUUGAAUUGUUAUUAUCUGAACAAGAAUCAGUUGCACCGGCCUCUAUUGAUGCUAGAAAAAUCUGGAAAGAAACCAGAAAUGCUGACCAAGCUUUGCAAGCUUUACCUCAUUAUUUUGUUGCCGAAACAGCCAUUUUGAAAACUUUGAAAAAUGAAACUCAAAAUGAAGAUAAAAAAUAUACUAAAAACGUAUAUCUCAAAUGUAUUCAAUCCAUUCCAAGAAACCUUCGUAUGAUGUAUGGACAUGCAUAUCAAGCUUAUGUUUGGAAUCGUGUGGCUUCAAAGAGAAUAGAACUUUAUGGUUUAGAUUUAGUUGAAGGAGAUUUAGUGUUUGAAGAUUCUCAACAAGUCUUGGAUGAAGAUGUUGCAUAUUUGAAUGAAGCAAAAGUUAAAUCAUUAACUAAAGAGGAUAUCGAAUCAGGGAAAUAUACUAUUUUUGAUGUUAUUUUACCAAGUCCAGGGUAUAAGAUCAAAUAUCCCGGUAAUGAAACUUUGAAGAAUGUUUAUGUUGAAACCAUGGCUAAAGAUGAUUUAGAUCCAUUUAGUAUGGCCAGAAAUAUUAAAGAAUUUUCAUUAACUGGUACUUAUAGAAAAUUAAUGGCUCAAGCAAAUAAUUUGUCUUAUGAAAUUGUCAAAUACUCCGAUGAUGAAAAACCAUUGAUUAGAACUGAUUUAGAAUUGUUGCAAAUCAAACAAGAAACAAAUGAAGAUGCACCAAGAUUAAUUCCAAAUGAAGAAGGUGGUGAUAAAUUUGCAGUUGUUUUGAAAAUGCAAUUAGGGGUAAGUUCUUAUGCUACUAUGGCUUUAAGAGAACUUUUGAGAUGCCACUUCCAAGUUUUCUGGAGGGUUUUGGUAAAUAGCGUAUAG